AUGUCACUAGCAGUGGAUGCGAGGGUACCACCUAUUCCUCCACCGAAACCAAAGAACUACACACUGCACUAUCCGAAUAGCCACCAGUCGCUCAACAAUCCGAAAUAUCCUCUCGUUAGAGCAUCAUCAGGCGUUCAAUUCGUCGUAGCGCCUGCUGACAGCGACACAGACUCUGGUAUUUGUGCCGAUUCCGAUAAUCAACUCUCCCCACGUCGUUCAACGAAUUUUGUGCAACAACCAACAAUUAACUCCAUUAACAAUAGCAGCAGCACUAGCAGCACAUCAAAAGAGAAGAACCAAUUAAAAAUUCGACAACAAGGCACCGAACCAAUUCCCACAAGAGACUACCUCUCACCGAACACGACCAGGUAA